GGAAGGUUGCGACCUCCUGCACAAUAUGCUGGGGAUCUUGUGUUGCUUCUGUAAAACCAAAUCCUCAAACAGUGACUUGGAUUACCGAUAACUAGCCAUUAAUUCACAGGGCUUUACCGAAUGAUUUGGUUGGAGAUGGGCGACUUAAGUCUUCGACAGUUUCCUCUGAGACAGAGCUCUCACCGGGGUCAUGGAGGUUUGAAGAAAAGGGGAGGAGAAAUGCAAAGAGGCCAAGGGUAGGAUGCUUAAAUUAGGGGGGUCCAGACUUCGCUGGUGGACUUUAACUCGUUGCAUUGUAAGACUGCUGAACGCUGGCCUUUUGGGGCCUUCAGCUACAGGGUUAUCAAAUGGAUAUUGGCUACUGAGCUACCAAUUUAAAAAAACUUUUUUUCCUCAUCUUUGGCAAAGAGAAGCUCUGCUGCCCUUCUGAGGCCAAAUCGGAACAGCCAUGUCGACAGGCUCGGCUCCAAGCGAUCCCGAGGACGACGAGAUCUUCCGCGGAAGGACCUCCGCAAACGUGAGGAAAGCGACCCGCCUCAAUUCCGGGCGGUUUUCAGACACGCAUCUGGAUGAGGAGGACGCAGAGAGGAGGCAGAUCCAGCAGGAGCGCAGCGGGCUCCCCAAGGCGCAGCAGAAGGAGUCGCGGCAGUCCCAGAGAAACGCCGCCAACGCUCGGGAAAGGGCGAGGAUGAGAGUGCUGAGCAAAGCCUUCUCCAGACUGAAAACGAGCCUGCCCUGGGUUCCCGCGGACACCAAACUGUCAAAACUGGACACGCUGCGUCUCGCCUCCAGCUACAUCUGCCACCUCAGGCAGAUUCUGCAGGAGGACCGGCUGGAGAACAGCUUUGCGCAUCCAGUCAGUCUGACAUGGCCAUUUAUGUCGACAGGAAGAUCAGAGGAGGACAUCUCAUCCGCUGUCAGACUUUGUGGAGCUACAGCAUAGUCCAUCUUUCUUCAUUAGACAGCUAAUCUGCCAGAACCUCCAGAUCUGACUCAGCUAUAAUCCUCUGGGCUUUGCAUUCAUAAUCGACUGUCCUGGUAUUAUGGUUUUGUAGUUAAAUGACUCCUGACUCAGAAGUGUAGGUGUUUUACUGUGUACACAUGUAACAUUCAGGCUUACUUCCUUUGUAAGCUUGUGGAUGAUUUUUUUAAAUUCAAGAUUUUGAUCUUUUUGCAAUUGUAUGGAUCUGUGCACUGAAUCAGAGUAUCAUUAAAUAGCAUGGGUUUGAUUUAA